AUGAUGAAACGUUGGUACCUGUUCCCUCGUUUCCCCGUAUUUUAAUGGCUACCCUUUCUAUUUCGGUUUCGUUCUCACAUUAUUUCUUAUCACCCUCUCAGCAAAACUCCUCUUUCACCUCUCCCGCCAUUCCUCCCAUCUGCCGGAAACCUGACCCCUCUCGCCGGAAAGUCCGACGCACCACCCCGGAACGGGAGGUGACCGUUAACGUCCCGAUGUCCUCCCGGCGGGAAAGAGAGGAAGACAAGAAGCUUCUCCAACCGAAAGAAUUCCAACGCGACAUUGAAUGCCAGAUGAUGCCCUACAAUGAUGAUGAUUCUUCUUCGAGAAACUACUGUGCUGCAGCAUCAAGGAACCAGCUAGUGUCAGGGAAAGGAGAAUUGGUAGUUAGAGGUACUGAAGGAGCCCGCAGCAAAAAUGCUCACAUGAAGAGCAGAAAUUUCUUGAGCAAUAUAAAAUGUUUUGGGGUGGAAUUGUCCCCAGAUAACAUUGCAGUUGCAAUGGUAUAUUUUGUCCAAGGUGUUUUAGGCCUUUCUAGGCUUGCUGUGAGCUUUUACUUGAAAGAUGACCUUCAUCUUGAUCCAGCAGAGACAGCAGUGAUAUCUGGUGUGUCUGCUUUACCAUGGCUUAUCAAGCCUCUUUAUGGGUUCAUCAGUGAUUCGUUCCCACUUUUUGGUUAUCGGAGAAGGUCGUACCUGGUUCUUUCAGGGCUUCUUGGAGCACUUUCAUGGAGUAUGAUGGCCACCUUAGUUGACAGCAAGUAUAGUGCUGCUUUCUGUAUUCUUCUUGGUUCUCUUUCAGUUGCGUUCUCUGAUGUUGUUGUAGAUUCCAUGGUUGUCGAAAGGGCUCGUGGUGAGUCACAAAGUACUUCUGGAUCUCUUCAAUCAUUAUGUUGGGGAUCUUCGGCUUUUGGGGGGAUUGUAAGCGCUUACUUCAGUGGUUCACUGGUGGAUACCUAUGGUGUAAGGUUUGUUUUUGGUCUUACUUCAUUUCUUCCCCUGAUAACAUCUGCGGUUGCUGCUCUUGUUAAUGAACAACAUGCCACUAGAGGACAUAAUCUUUCUCUAACCAAUCAAGGCUUUGCUGAAACCUCCAAACAGAGUAUCAUUCAGUUGUGGGACUCUGUCAGGCAGCCCAACAUCUUUUUGCCCACAUUAUUUAUAUUCUUCUGGCAAGCAACGCCUCAAUCAGACUCUGCCAUGUUCUUCUUUACCACAAAUAAACUUGGUUUUACUCCAGAAUUUUUAGGACGUGUCAAGCUUGUUACUUCAGUGGCAUCAUUGCUAGGUGUUGGACUGUAUAAUGGGUUCCUGAAGAAUGUUCCAUUGCGAAAAAUUUUCCUCUUGACAACCAUUAUAGGUGCAGCUCUUGGGAUGACACAGGUUUUCCUUGUUACUGGAUUAAAUCGGCAAUUCGGUGUGAGUGAUGAGUGGUUUGCUAUGGGAGAUUCUUUGAUCAUAACAGUCCUUGGUCAGGCAUCAUUCAUGCCAGUUCUAGUAUUGGCUGCAAAAUUAUGCCCGGAGGGUAUGGAAGCCACACUCUUUGCCACGCUCAUGUCCAUUUCAAAUGGAGGCAGUGUCACCGGAGGACUGUUGGGUGCUGGUCUGACUCAGCUUUUCGGUAUAACUAAGGACAGUUUCGAUAACUUGGCAAUCUUAAUAGUUCUAUGCAAUCUCAGCUCAUUGUUGCCACUGCCACUCCUCAAACUCCUUCCCAGAGAAAACCCAGGUGCUAUGUCGGAAGGGAACACAGACACCCAGGCAACCAAGUCGAAUUGAGGUGAGAACUUAAUUAUACUUUUUUUUUCCUGAUGACACGCCAAUCCACUUGUUGUAUCAUGAGAAUGUGGGCAUCAUGAUUUUGCCUCAUCAACUGUAACUUGUCACAGAAUGAAGAAUGGAUAUAUAAUUUUUUCCAACAAAAAAAAGGUUACGAAAAAACAUAUACAAAUUGUAGUUUUGCAUAUAUGUAUGUAUUAUACUAUGCAGAAUACACACACAUGAUCAACCAGUGUGGGUGUAGAUAUCAACUCCCUACCAGCAUGUGUGUGCAUGCGUGUGUGCGUACAAUCCCUAGGGUCAGAAUCAUGUAGGAAAUUUCCUUUGACACCAUACUGUGAAAGUUAAAUGGAUGCAAUACAAAUGCCCAUUAAUUAGAUUAAAAAUGGCUCCUAUGUGCUUUCAUGAGGCAUAGUUUUAGCAAGUUGAAACGCUAGUUGCGUAUAAACUUUUGCUCCCGCAUAUAUAGAUACUAGAGAUGAAAGCUCUAUUUUGCUUCGCUUACA